AUGUCAGUCAUUUCCCAGCAAGCCUCUCAUCCGUGUCAUCUGGAUGACGAAAUUGUUGCAUUGUCCUUGCAGCUGGAAGAAAUCAACUACCGUGAGGAGACGAAGAAGGCAAAGUAUACGCCAGACAAUGUUCCGGAUUUGGAGGUUGCCUAUGCCAGCUACCUUACUGAGAUUGAGACUCAUCUGGCGUUUCUCAAGGAUGUCAAACUCGCUCAUAGCAUUGCCAAUGCUGUGGAUGCUGAUGCCGAAGUAAUUGCGGAGCUCGCUCAAGUCGAAACGCAGGCCCAAGAAGAUCGCCGUGUAGCUGUCCAGAUGAGCAGCGAUGAUCCGGAUCUUGAAGCGCCUCCUCCAUACGCCGAGGUAGUGCGUGACGACUCCAUCGAGAACGAGGUUGUUCGCCGCAUGACUGCACUACUGAGUUCGGAGCAUGACGCCCAUGAUGACUUGGAAAAUGAGGCUGGUCCAUCUGUCUCGUAUACUCAGCGUCAGGCGGAUGCUAUGGGAAAAUUGGCCCGCAACCAGUUCGAGUGUAUUGCUUGCAGAGAAGAGUUUCGUUUUGCCGACAUCACCCAUAUCGGAUGCGAUAGCCAUCAUCAGUACUGCAGCUCCUGCUUGAAGCAAUUCAUCAUGAACGGCGUUAUGCCGAUGUGGUGCCGAGUUCUGCUACCAAUGUGGUACAGAAUGGACCAAGCCCCGAAGAUGCACAUGUGCUUUCUGGAUUGA